UGUCACAAAUAUAGAGCUGCGUUAUUCCUACCUCCUCUGGCUCUCACUGACAGAUGCCGCUAGCAAAAUGUACAUGUGGUUCACUGUUUUAGCCGGACUGGCUAUUCUGUCCCUCUCAUUCCUCAAGACACUUUUCCCUUACUUAGGAGACGACUGCGUGUACAUCCUGAGGAGCAUAAAACUCGGCCUCAGGCUCACCAAAUACAAGAUAAUCAAACCUUUUUACAGCAUCUUGGACUGCUUCUUAGAUGCGGCGAAGAGGCACCCCAAUAAGACAUUUCUGCACUUUGAGGGUCGAGAAUAUUCUUAUGGCGAAGUAGAUAAACAGAGCAACAAGGUGGCCAGAGCUCUGCAGGCUGAAGCCCGGCUGAAGGAGGGGGACGCGGUCGCCCUGUUCCUGCCCAACGAGCCCAGUUUCGUGUGGACUUGGCUCGGUUUGGCCAAGCUGGGCUGUCCUGCUGCUCUGCUCAACUUUAACAUCAGAGCCAAGUCUCUGUUGCACUGUUUCUCCUGCUGCGGGGCCAAAGUGAUCAUCGCCUCUCCGGAGCUGCAGGACGCUGUGGAGGAGGUUUUACCAACGCUGAGAGAGCAGGGUAUCAGUGUGUACCUCCUGUCAGAGUCCUGCAGCAUCCAGGGCAUCAACACUUUGUCUGACAAGGUCUCUCAGGCUUCAGAUCAGCCGCUGUCCCGGGACCUCAGAGCUAACGUCAACAUCAGGAGCACUGCUCUGUACAUCUACACGUCAGGCACCACAGGUUUGCCUAAAGCAGCCGUUGUCACCCAUGAGAGGGUUUGGGCCUCCUCCUUCAUCCAGGAGAUAAAUGGAGUCACAUCAGAGGACAUCUUCUACAUCAAUCUGCCUCUCUAUCACAGUUCAGGCUUCCUCAUCGGGUUGGUCGGAGCCAUCGAGAGAGGUAUAACCAUUUUUCUGAGGAGAAAGUUCUCUGCCUCUCAGUUCUGGGACGACUGCAGGAAGUAUAAUGUGACAGUGAUGCAGUACAUUGGUGAAACAAUGCGCUACCUCUGCAACACGCCCAAGAAAGACAAUGAGAAGAACCACAGGGUGAGGAUCGCCAUCGGAAAUGGAGUCCGAGCAGACAUUUGGACAGAGUUUCUGAAUCGCUUCGGGGACAUUAAAGUCAAAGAAUUGUACGCCGCCACAGAGGGAAACAUUGGCUUCAUCAAUUACACAUCCAAGAUCGGUGCAGUGGGGCGAGUCAAUUUUGUCCACAGGUUUUUCUUCCCCUAUACUUUGAUCAAGUUUGACAUUGAGAAGGAGGAGCCUGUCAGGAACUCUGAGGGUCUGUGCAUUGAGGCAGCCAAAGGUGAGACGGGACUUUUGGUGGGAAGGAUUACUCAGAGGUCUCCCUUUGUUGGGUACGCUGGCAACCAUCAACAGACUGAGAAGAAGAGGCUUUGUAACGUGUUGAAAAAAGGCGACCUGUACUUCAACACUGGAGAUUUGCUUUGUUUUGAUCACAACAACUUUGUGUACUUUCAGGAUCGAGUUGGUGACACUUUCAGAUGGAAAGGAGAGAACGUUGCCACGUCGGAGGUUGCCGACAUUCUCACAGUGGCUCAUUGCAUUCUGGAGGCAAAUGUCUAUGGUGUUAAAGUUGAAGGUCAUGAGGGGCGGAUCGGCAUGGCAGCUGUGAUUUUGAAUGAAGGAGAAGAUUUUGACUGUUCGGACAUCUACAAGCAGGUCGUAAACUACCUCCCAGCUUACGCAAGACCCCGAUUCAUCAGGAUUCAGCCCUGCCUGGAGAUGACGGGGACAUUCAAGAUGAAGAAAGUGAAGUUGGUGGAGGAGGGAUUCAACCCAUCUCACAUUGAAGAUCCUUUAUACUUUUUAGAUCCUGAGAAAAAGACUUAUGUUCCCCUGACUGAGGAGAUCUACAGAGCAAUUGCUUCUAGGGAAAUAAAACUCUAACACAGAAACUUAAAAGUAGCCAGUGUUGAACCAGACGACACGUUUGUAGCAGCUCCUUCAUGGACCUUUUAACAGUCAACUAAACUCAGGGACAGACUGACUUUGAAACAUUAUAUGUUUAACCACUUUUUUAAUUAACACAACUGCUGUGCAUCUCUAUAGUUCUUUUAAAUGUAUGCCAUAAUGCUGACAGUAUGUGAUAAACAGGUAUGUCUUACUACCACUGUUGCACUUCUAACAAUUAAACUCUGGUUAUCUGGUGACCCUCUUAAUUUGUGAUUGGCCAGAUAAAUUGUAGCAUUAAAAACUUUAUUUUAAAAUUAAAUUGACUUUUAUCUAGAGCUUUUUUUUGCAUUAGUCUUUAUGUACAUAUGUACCGUCUGCUGGGUUUAUCAGUGAACCUUUGCACAGAUGUUAAGUACAGCCAGUCUUAUCAGCUUGUGUGCACUAAUAGCACAUACUGUUAAACUACAGCUUAAGCAUGUACUGAAGUGAGGGAAUGGGAUGUGCUCUUGUAACCGCAACUUUCUGACUGGUGGGGUGAAUGACACAACACAACCUUUGACAUAAAAUGAUACUCAGACUUUGUCACAAGUUUAGUCACAUGGCAAAAAUUUCAAAACCAGGGAAUCAGCUGGUUUAAGAAAACCAAGUAAGAGAAAGUAGACAUUUUGUUAUUUCACAUGUUUGACUUCACUGUGCAGAAUGAUUUAUGUACAGGUUCACUUUCAAUCAGCUGUCAAAGUUUCUCUGUGCUAAUCUUAAAUCUCAAUUAAACCUGUGUGCGCACGAGCA